UGAAAUCAAAUCAAUACACCCAUUCAUCAAUUUUAUACGCAAGUUUUGAGCUUUGCUGGUAUACAUUGCACAAUGGCCUUGUCUAAUACUUCUCUUCUUUUGGGUAUUUUAGCUGUUGCUAUUCUUCUUAUAAUGUCUUCGGACGUCGCAGCUAAGAAACAAAUCACUUCUCAACUGUUUGUUAAAGAUACGAAGAUUGUCCCCAAAGAAGAAGAUUCCAAACAAGUAGGAUUUAUAGGAGGCAUCUUUCCUGGAGGUGGAGGUGGAGGUGGAGGUGGAGGUGGGGGUUAUUCUGGUGGAAGUGGAAGGUAUCCCGAUGGUGGUGGAGGAGGAUAUCUUGGAGGUGGAGGGUACCCUGGUAGAGGAGGAGGGUAUCCUGAAAGAGGAGGAGGUUACCCUGGUAGAGUAGGAGGGUAUCCUGGAGGUGGGGGAUAUCCUGGAAGAGGAGGAGGGUAUCCUGUAGGUGGAGGGUACCCUGGAAGAGGAGGGUACCCAGGAAGAGGAGGGGGGUCUCAGGGAGGAGAAAACCCAAGAGGUGGAGGUAUAAAUUGCAGUUUAGGAUGCUGCUAUCGCACAUACUUUAGUUGCACAGCGUGUUGUUCUUCUGCGGCUGAAGCAGCUCAAAAACAUGCUGUAAAUAUCCCUAUUAACUAGAACAAAGUUUGUUGUUACAUUACAUGUUUUGAGCACAUGGAGUUUUUAAUUGUUCAAGUAUAUGGUGUAUAAUAAUUAAUUGUAUGAACAUCAGAUUGAAAGUUUAUUUUUCUUGUAUUAA